AUGGAUAAGGAAAUUCUUCUUUCAUUGUCUCAGAUAAACAAAGAUGUAAGAAGGGAAAAUAAAUCAGUCAGAAAUAGACUUCAGAGUAUCCUCCUAGAUAAUAAAUUCUUACAGGAAAGAGUUGUCUCUAUAUUCCCUCAUUUUCCAAUAGUACCCAACGAAAGGUGCGGUCUGUGGUAUUGUGAGCCAUCUACUUUUAAACGAACAAGUUACUUCAAAAGCACAGAUGGUCAUGUUAAUCAGUGGGAUUUCAGCACUCGAAGGUUGAACUUCCAUUUAUUAGAGACGAUUCGAGACAAAAAAGGCAUUAUAAUCAUCGAUAGUACAAGAAGAGGUAAGAAGAUUCCGGAUUCUUUGAGUAAAACUGUACCCAUAUGGUGCGCGGUAUUAAAUACAAUAAUGCUUCAGAAGGAGAAAGAAGACGUCGAUAUUGAUAAAGUACUAUAUGUUCCACCUGAGACAGUUCCUAAAUCGGAGUACGACAUGAUCAAAAGAAAAAUACCUGAAUUAGUCGCCAAACUAAAGAAAUUAAACGUUGUAGAUUCCGAAAAAUUAAACGAUUUAUUUAUGGGUAAGAUAUUGCGGCCUAUAUGGGUCCAUCCUGGCUCUUCACUACUAAAUCAUUCUGUUGAUUAUUUCACGGGUGAACUAAAGGAGCAAGAAACUUGGGAGGCUCCCAAGGAUCAAAACAUCAUACCUAUUAUUCUGUGCACAGUGAGUUACCAGGCCCAAGAUGGUAUGGAUAAAAGAUACGGAUUUACCUACGUCCAGGGUGCAGCCGACGACCAUGAACUCUGGUCCUUUGGUUUAGAUUCGGAGAUGUUUUGGUCCCACGUAGACUACCUGGGCGACACCGAUAAAUCAGACGAUCAAUUGCAUGAUUACAUCACGGACCUGGUUGCUAAAAAGCUGGAAAAUCAAUUGUCGAUAAAAGACAAAGGCAGUCUGGAUGAGAUUUUUGGGAACAUUGAUAUAAUCACGAAUGAAAUAUCUUUAGGGAAGGUCAUUCAAGGCCUAACCAUCAGCGUGAAAUUAAAACAAGAACUGAAGUUAAGGUAUGAUAAGGUGAUUGUUUUUAGCGAUUCGGUGGCAAUUACUGAAGAUACGGACCAUGAAGAAGAAAGUAGCCCAAAUUCAUUUAUAUCAGUAUUUAAAUUGCAAAGUGGGGACAAGAAAAGUUCAAAGACUCUACGGACCAUUUUCCCGAGGAUUCAUGAAGAAUUGCAAUCAGCAUUCGCAAACCGAGAUGGAGGGACGAAGCCAAUACUUAUAUGUUGCAACACAGGUACAGAUAUGUCAAUUGGUGUGAUUCUAAGUAUUCUUUGUACCAAAUAUACUGAAGAUUGGAAGCUCACGCCGGAAUUACCGGAAGUUAACAAGAUCAUAAUAAGAAGGCACUUGACAAAAUUGAUUUCGCACCUGCGCGGUCGUAACGUUAACCCAUCAAGAGCAACACUGAACAGUGUCAAUAGCUUUCUAAUGUAG